CCAGCUCCCACUAACCGAGCUGCAACGGGACACUUUGAGCUCAUCCAGUUUGCGGGCGCAUCCUGCUGCCGUGUGCUCGCCUCGUCCGCGCGUCAUGCGCCGAUAGCGGACGGCUGGAUGCGUCCAUCCGUCGGCACGCUCUAGUUUUGGGGGGGGGUGAGCGACCGCGGGGAUUGAGGAACGACACGAGGACGUUCGGAGCCCCGGGAUGGCCCUCACUAAUCCUGCCUCGGCCUCCGAGGAUCCCCAUCCUUCCCUGGACACAUCAGCCCCACAUUUGGCUCUUUGACGUAUUCUGCUCAUUUUCUGCAGUUGUCAGCCAGAGCUCCAUCUAAACGCACUCUUGCCUCACUCCAAGAUUACCCACCGAUUUGCUCCCGGCUGCUGUUAAAGCAGGGGUUUUACUUGAUUAGCGUGAAGCCAAAGGACAGCCAUCUUCUGCCACUGAAAAGGAGAUGCCGUGAAGAGCUCUGAGGUCAAAGAGACCUUGACAAAAGCUCAAGGCUGGAAUUUGCUCAACUUGUUGACCUCUGACCUGGACAAGACGAUGGAGUGGGCAGGGCUGUUGUGACUCCCUCCCACACCUCAAAAAAUAAACCUGGUAAAGAACCCUGUUUAUCCACCUAAAUUCAGCUAAGCUGCGUACGUUUUGGAUGCUGCCAUGCCCAUCAUCAGCAAUGCUAACCAUGACUUCAGCAACCUGUCUGUCAGUGAUGACAGCAGUCUCGACCGCAUCUUCACUGAAAUUCCCGAGACUGAAACCAUCAAGGGUGUCUAUUACCAAAGGGCUCAGUUCAUCCGUCAGCCAGAGGACCUGGUCUCCGUAGACCACCGCUUGCUGGCAGUGAUCAACGUUGGGGGGAACCGUUACACCUUCCCUUGGACUACACUGCAGCAGUUCCCUCUCACUCGACUCGGCCGCCUGUGUGGCUGCAGAUCACCUGAGGACAUCGCCAGCGUCUGUGACGACUACGAUGAAGCCCGGAAGGAAUUCUUCUUUGAUCGCUCGCCAUCCGCCUUCAGGGUCAUCCUCAACUUCCUGGCUGCAGGUAAACUUCGGUUGCUGCGGGAGAUGUGCAUCCUGUCCCUGCACGACGAGCUCACCUACUGGGGUGUGGAGAUGGCGUACAUGGAGCGCUGCUGCAAGAGGAAGAUGUACACACGAAUCGAGGAGGUGCACGAGCAAGAACGGCAGGAGGAGGAGCGCAGGCAAAGGAACGCCAUGCAGCGUGUUCCCGUGGAGGAGACGACGUAUCGAAAAGUGAUGAACUGGCUCAGAGAUAUGGUGGAGAAUCCGCAGUCUGGCUUACCGGGGAAGAUCUUCGCCUGCCUGUCAGUCAUCAUGGUAGCGGUGACUGUGGUGAGCUUGUGUAUCAGCACCAUGCCUGACCUCAGAGAAGAAGAGGACAGGGGCGAGUGCUCCUCCAAAUGCUUCAACAUGUUCAUCAUUGAGACAGUGUGUGUGGCCUGGUUCUCGUUGGAGUUCAUCCUGCGAUUCAUUCAGGCACGCAGCAAGCUGGACUUCCUCCGUGGGCCGCUCAACAUCAUCGACGCCAUGGCCAUCUUGCCUUACUAUGUGUCCUUGGUGGUAAAAGAGGAGGACCCAAACAUGGACAGCGAUCGGCCAGGAGGAGGUAAAGGCUACUUGGACAAGCUGGGUCUGGUGCUGAGGAUCCUUCGGGCGUUGAGGAUUCUUUAUGUGAUGCGACUGGCUCGCCACUCUCUAGGCUUGCAGACGCUCGGACUGACGGUGAGGCGCAGCACACGCGAGUUUGGGCUGCUCUUGCUUUUCCUGUGCGUUGCUGUCACCCUCUUCUCACCACUGGUCCACCUUGCUGAAAGCGAGCUCACGGGCCCUCACGAUUUCAGCAGCAUCCCCGCCUCCUACUGGUGGGCUAUUAUCUCCAUGACAACAGUGGGCUAUGGUGACAUGGUGCCUAGAUCCAUCCCCGGGCAGGUUGUAGCGCUGAGCAGCAUCCUGAGUGGGAUCCUCAUCAUGGCCUUCCCCGCGACCUCCAUCUUCCACAUGUUCUCCCGCUCCUACCAAGAGCUCAAGAUGGAGCAUGAUCGUCUGUUCAAAGAGGAGUGCGCUGCCGCUGCAGCUGCCGCCGCCUCCACUAGCGGCAUUGAGGAGCUGCAGGAGGCAGGAGUGGAUGGAGGAGAACGAGUUGAUGUGAAACUGGAGGAUUCAACUGCUAUUGGACAAGCUUUCCACCUGGAUAAGGGCAAUAUGCAGCCACUCGAGUCUCUUGCUCUGUUCGGGAAAGGAGAUGAUGCUGCAGCAAAUAAUCACAGCCUCCCAGCCGCAGCUUUCUGAAAGAACAUUAUGUGCUAUCAAUCCAAACCUUCUAAUCUCCAUGUAAUAUAAAAAAAUGGACUAUCUCCCCGCAGGUCUUCAUUUCCAUGUGUAUCUUAAAUACAUUAAAAAUAAGGACAUGACCUCUUCUGCAUUUGUUUUGAUUUUUCAGGUAACUAAUGUGGGUGGGACCUGACAGUCUCUGUGUGUGUAAACUCUGCCCUGACACUGAAUGAAAGACUCUUUAAAACCCUUUAAAGCCUAUGGUACAGGCUGUUUACUGAAAGCCCUUGCUGCAAUAUUAGUGAUGCUUUGCUUCCAUAAUCAUGCAAUAUCAAUCCAAAGUUACUUUCCCCCUCCUCCACUGUGAAAACACCUUGCAACUUUAAGUGCAGUACUUACAACUCUACAGUGUCAAUUUCUCAAAUGACUCAUAUACUCGUUGUAAUCUUCAUAAGGCAUACAUGUGCAUUUAAUCCACAACAAGGCAUCUUUCAAUCACUGCAAAAAUAAACACUGUUGAAUGAAUAACUUUCUAACACUGUCGAUCCAAAUUAUAUAAUGGUACAGUUUUGAACAUACAUGGAAUAUCCUAGGUCAAACACCCCCAAACCGAUCAACUGUGGAGCCAAACUUUUCUGACAAAAUAUGUUGAGAAUACAAAGCAAAAUUUCAAAUCGACAUCAUGCAUUAUGUCAUCUGAGACAUGAACAAAUGACUACCUAAGUACAAUCCAAGUAAUGUACUCCUCUUGGUUCAUUUCUGAGAUGUCUGAUGCCAGAUAAUUUGAUUUGGUUACUGCAUGUAUGACCAACCAUUCCUUGUAUUUUUUUUACAAAAUAUGUUGGAUAUUUAUUGAUCAUGAGUAUGAAAGUGUAAGAUAAUACCUAGUUUGAGUUAUGAGGCAAACAUUUAAAAUAAAUCAAACAAGAUCCUUUUUUAAACAGCUAGACAGGAAUGGCUAAAUGAAGGCAUGUUUUUGUGACUGGUAGAGAAUGAGCGCUAACAGCCAUGAAAUGUAUUUUG